AGGCUUCUGGAUGCCUUCUGGUGCCUGUGAUGCUCUUUGGCUCAGCCCCUGCCCUGCAGCAGCCCCCGAGGUGCAACACUGGGGUGGGGGGACACCCCUGGCUGGGGAGGGGACACCACGGAGCUGCGUCCCCCUGUCCCCGCAGCUUUCCCUGGAUGGGGGGGGGAGCUGUGCCUGGGCACAAUCGGGGCUGUUUGAAUUGAUGCUGCAGCUUCAGCAGACAUAAAGCAACUCUUUCAUGUGCCAGCCCCGGUUGCCUCGGCUCUUGGCAGCGGCUCCGGUGUGGGCAGUGCGGGGAUUGAAAUGCAGAGCGGACAGGGACAGAGGAGGAGGAUUGAUCCCAGGGCUGGAGGGACAGAUCUGCGAGCCCUCGAUAUCUAAUUUGGCCGAGCCGAGGACUAUCCCAAUCGCCGAGGGGAAGGAAAAAAAGGGGAAAAACCCUACAGAGACAACCAGCAGAGCCCCAGCACGCCCCAUCGCUGCUGCUGCCCUUUGACAUGCAACCUUCCCUGGGAUGGGACCAGCCGGGAUGCAGCUGCAGCUGGGGAAGGCACUGGUGGAAACUGGGGAUCGUGGCUCUGAUGACGGCGGAGGGGAGCGCCUGGAGCCGGGCGCUGCUGCUCUCGCUGGGGCUGCUGGCUGGAUCGGCCAUGGCCCAGAACUGCAGUCACACAUUGCAGGGCCCAAACGGGACAAUACAGAGCCCAGGCUUUCCCUAUGGAUACCCCAAUUAUGCAAACUGCACGUGGACAAUCACUGCUGAGGAGCAGAACAGGAUACAGCUUGUUUUCCAGUCCUUUGCAUUAGAGGAAGAUUUUGAUGUAUUAUCCAUCUACGAUGGGCUGCCUCAGCAGGGGAAUCUGAGAACGAGGCUGACAGGAUUCCAGCUGCCUGCUCCCAUCGUCAGCACUGGCCUGGUGCUGUCCCUGUGGCUUGUCAGUGACUACGCCGUGAGUGCCCAAGGCUUCCAGGCCAGCUACGAGGCCCUGCCCAGCCACACGUGCGGGAACCCGGGGCGGCUGCAGAACGGGGUGCAGCAAGGAACCACCUUCAGCAUCGGGGACAGGGUCAGGUACAGCUGCAACCCCGGCUUCUUCCUGGAGGGACACGCCCUGCUCACCUGCCAGGCCAGCUCGGGCCACGGAGCCUCCUGGGAUUUCCCUCUCCCCGUCUGCAGAGCUGACGAUGCCUGUGGAGGGACCCUGCGGGGCCAGAGCGGGAUCAUCUCCAGCCCUCACUUCCCCCUGGAGUAUGGCAACAAUGCAGACUGCACCUGGACCAUCCUGGCCGAGCCUGGGGACACCAUCGCUCUGGUUUUCAUGGAUUUUCAGCUGGAGGACGGAUACGAUGUCCUGGAGGUUGCUGGCACGGAGGGAUCCUCGCUCUGGUUCACUGGGAUGAAUUUGCCCUCCCCUGUGAUCAGCAGCAAGAACUGGCUGCGGCUCCACUUCACCUCUGAUGGCAACCACAGGCAGAAGGGCUUCAGUGCCCAGUACCAAGUCAAGAAGCAGAUGGAGCUGAAGUCCAGAGGGGUGAAGCUCAUGCCCAGCAAGGACAACAACCAGAAGACAUCUGUGUUAACUCAGGUUGGUGUGUCCCAGGGACAUAAUUUGUGUCCAGACCCUGGGAUUCCCGAGAGAGGCAAAAGGAUAGGCAACGAUUUUAGGCUGGGCUCCAGCAUCCAGUUCUCCUGCAACGAGGGCUUCGACCUGCAGGGCUCCAAGAGCAUCACCUGCAAGAGAGUCAGCGACCUCAUCGUGGCCUGGAGCGACCACCCGCCCGUCUGCAGAGCCAGGAUGUGUGACGCGUACCUGCGCGGUCCCAGCGGGGUCAUCACGUCCCCCAACUACCCCGUGCAGUACGACAACAACGCCUACUGCGUGUGGGUCAUCACCGCCCUCAACCCCGCCAAGGUGAUCAAACUCACCUUCGAGGAAUUCGAGCUGGAGAGAGGGUACGACACCCUGACCGUGGGGGAUGGAGGGCAGGUCGGAGACCAGAAAUCUGUGCUCUACGUAUUGUGAGGGGGAAAUGUCCCCGACCUCAUUGUCAGCACCCAGCACCAGAUGUGGCUCCUGUUCCAGACUGACAGUGUCAGCAACCUGCUGGGCUUCAAAGCCUCCUAUGAAGAGAUCGACCAGGGCAGCUGUGGUGACCCGGGCACGCCGUCCUUUGGCCGCAGGCUGGGCUCCUCCUUCCGCCACGGGGACACCCUGCACUUCCAGUGCCAGCCUGCCUUCGAGCUCAAGGGCCACCAGAGCAUCACCUGCCAAAAGAGCAGCCAGUGGUCUGCUCAGAAACCUGUGUGUGUGUUUUCCUGCUUUUUCAACUUCACCAGCCCGUCGGGCACCGUGCUGUCGCCCAACUACCCCGAGGAGUACGGGAGCAGCCUGCACUGCGUGUGGCUCAUCAUCGCCAGCCCCGAGAGCAGGAUCCACCUGGCCUUCAACGACUUCGACGUGGAGCCCCAGUUUGAUUUCCUGGCGGUCAAGGACGGGGGCACGGCCGAGUCCCCAGUGCUGGGCACCUUCUCAGGGAGCCACAUCCCCUCCUCGCUGACCAGCAGCGGCCACGUGGCCAGGCUGGAGUUCCAGACUGACCACUCCAUGGAGAAGAGAGGCUUCAACAUCACCUUCACCACGUUCCGGCACAACGAGUGCCCAGACCCCGGCGUGCCGGUGAACGGGAAGCGUUUUGGGGACAGCCUGCAGCUGGGCAGCUCCGUGUCCUUCCUGUGUGACGAGGGUUUCAUCCGCACGCACGGCGCCGAGACCGUCACCUGCGUCCUGCAGGAGGGCAGCGUGGUGUGGGACAACGCCGUGCUCCGCUGCGAAGCACCCUGUGGGGGCCACCUGACAUCACCCAGUGGAACCAUCCUGUCCCCAGGCUGGCCUGGCUUCUACAAGGACUCGCUGAGCUGUGCCUGGGUCAUCGAGGCCCAGCCAGGCUACCCCAUCAAGAUCACCUUUGACAGGUUCAAGACAGAGGUGAACUAUGACACCCUGGAGGUGCGGGACGGCCGCUCCUACUCCUCACCCCUCAUUGGGGUCUACGAUGGCACCCAGGUGCCCCAGUUCCUGAUCAGCACCAGCAACCACCUCUACCUCCUGUUCACCACGGACAAGAGCCACUCUGACAUCGGCUUCCAGAUCCGAUACGAGACUGUGAAGCUGCAGUCUGACCACUGCCUGGACCCGGGCAUCCCGGUGAACGGGCAGCGCCACGGCCACGACUUCUACGUGGGGGCCCUGGUGACAUUCAGCUGUGACCCUGGCUACACCCUGAGCCACAGCGAGGCCCUGGAGUGCGAGCCCAACUUCCAGUGGAGCCGGCCCCUGCCCAGCUGUGAGGCUCUCUGUGGGGGCUACAUCCGUGGCUCCAGUGGCACCAUCCUCUCCCCAGGCUUCCCUGAUUUUUAUCCCAACAACUUGAACUGCACCUGGACGAUAGAAACAUCCCAUGGGAAAGGUGUGUUCUUCACCUUCCACACGUUCCACCUGGAGAAUGGCCACGACUACCUGCUGAUCACGGAGAACUCGAGCUUCGCGCAGCCGCUGCAGCAGCUGACGGGCUCGCGGCUGCCGGCGCCGCUCAGCGCGGGGCUCUUCGGCAACUUCUCCGCCCAGAUCCGCUUCAUCUCCGACUUCUCCAUGUCCUACGAGGGCUUCAACAUCACCUUCUCCGAAUAUGACCUGGAGCCGUGUGAGGAGCCGGAGGUGCCAGCCUACAGCAUCAGGAAGGGGCUGCAGUUCGGCGUGGGGGACGUGCUGAGCUUCUCCUGCUUCCCUGGGUACCGGCUGGAGGGAGCAGCCAGGAUCACCUGCCUGGGCGGGAGACGCCGGGUGUGGAGUUCGCCUCUGCCAAGGUGUGUUGCUGAGUGUGGCUCGUCCGUGACAGGAACCCAGGGGGUGCUGCUGUCCCCCAACUACCCCCUGAGCUACAACAACAACCACGAGUGCAUCUACUCCAUCCAGAGCCAGCCUGGGAAGGGCAUCCAGCUGAAAGCCAGGACCUUCCAGCUGGAGGCAGGAGAUGUCCUCAAGGUCUACGAUGGCACCAACAGCUCUGCCCGGCUGCUGGGCACCUUCAGCCGCUCGGAGCUGCUGGGCACCAGCAUCAACAGCACCUCCAGCUCCAUGUGGCUGGAGUUCAUCACCGACAGUGCCAACACCAGCAAAGGCUUCGAGCUGCAGUUCUCCAGUUUCGAGCUCAUCAAGUGCGAGGACCCCGGCGUGCCCCAGUUUGGGUACAAGGUGCGCGACGAGGGACACUUUGCUGGCAGCUCGGUGUCCUUCAGCUGUGACCCUGGCUACACCCUGAGGGGCACCAGGGUGCUGGUGUGCCUGACUGGGGAGAGGAGAGCCUGGGAUCCCCCUAACCCCAUAAAUAUUUUUGUUCCAGCUGAGUGUGGAGGGACAAUCAGAGGAGAGGCCUCGGGCCGGAUCCUUUCUCCAGGAUACCCAACCCCCUACGACCACAACCUCAACUGCAUCUGGACCAUCGAGGCAGAGCCUGGAUGCACCAUUGGGCUCCAUUUCAUGGUUUUCCACACGGAGGAGUUCCACGAUGUGCUGCGGAUCUGGGACGGGCCGGUGGAGAACGGGAUCCUGCUGAGGGAGAUGAGCGGCUCGGGGCUGCCUGGGGACAUCCACAGCACCUUCAACUCCCUCAUCCUGCAGUUCAACACCGACUUCUUCACCAGCAAGCAGGGCUUUGCCAUCCAGUUCUCAGUUUCCACGGCCACUUCCUGCAACGACCCAGGAAUCCCCCAGAACGGGAGCCGGAGCGGGGACAGCAAGGAGGCCGGGGACUCCAUCACCUUCCAGUGCAACCCCGGCUAUGCCCUGCAAGGGGAGGCCCAGAUCACCUGUGUGCAGGUGGAGAACAGGUUCUUCUGGCAGCCAGACCCGCCCACCUGCACAGCUCCAUGUGGUGGGAUCCUGACAGGCCCAGCUGGGGUGAUCCUGUCCCCGCAGUACCCGGAGCCGUAUCCCCCGGGGAAGGAGUGUGACUGGAAGCUGACAGUGUCCCCUGACUAUGUCAUUGCCCUGGUGUUCAACGUCUUCAGCCUGGAGCCUGGCUAUGAUUUCCUGCACAUUUACGAUGGGCCUGACUCCCUGAGCCCCCUGAUUGGGAGUUUUUAUGGCUCCCAGCUCCCGGAGAGGAUCGAGAGCAGCAGCAACAACCUUUUCCUGGCGUUCCGCAGCGACGCCUCCGUCAGCAACGCCGGCUUUGUCAUCGAGUACACAGAGAACCCCCGGGAGUCCUGCUUUGACCCGGGCUCCAUCAAGAACGGCACCAGGGUGGGCACGGACCUGAAGCUGGGCUCCACCAUCACCUUCUACUGUGACGGGGGCUACGACAUCCAGGGGGGCCCCACCCUCACCUGUGUGAUGGGAGGGGAUGGAAAACCCACCUGGAACAAGCCUCGCCCCACCUGCACAGCUCCCUGUGGAGGGCAGUACACAGGCUCAGAUGGAGUCGUCCUGUCCCCAAAUUACCCCCAAAACUACACCAGUGGCCAGGUGUGCCUGUACUCCAUCGUCGUGCCCAAGGACUACGUGCUCUUCGGGCAGUUCGCCUUUUUCCAGACUGCUCUCAAUGACGUGGUGGAGGUGCACGAUGGCCCCACGCAGCACUCGAGGCUGCUCAGCUCCCUCUCGGGCUCUCACUCAGGGGAAUCUUUGCCGUUGGCCACCACCAACCAGAUCCUCAUCAGAUUCAGCUCCAAGGGUCAAUCCACAGCCAAAGGCUUUCAUUUUGUCUACCAAGGUGAGUUCAGGUGUGUUCUGGAAGUGUCCUCAGGGCACAAAGUUCAUAACUCCUCCGUGCCCUCCUGCCUGGUGCCCUGCGGGGGGAACCUGACAGAGAGGAAAGGAACCAUCCUGUCCCCAGGCUUCCCUGAGCCCUACCUGAACAGCCUCAACUGCGUGUGGAGGAUCACAGUGCCCGAGGGAGCAGGGAUCCAGAUCCAGGUGAUCAGUUUUGUCACAGAGCAGAACUGGGAUUCCCUGGAAGUGUUUGAUGGAGGAGACAACACAGCCACCAUGCUGGGGAGCUUCUCUGGAACCACGGUGCCUGCGCUGCUCAACAGCACUUCAAACCAGCUCUACCUGCAUUUCUACUCCGACAUCAGCGUCUCUGCCGCCGGGUUUCACCUGGAGUACAAAACCGUGGGGCUCUCCAGCUGCCCCGAGCCGCCGGUCCCUGCCAACGGGCUGAAGCUGGGCGAGCGCUACCUGGUGAACGACGUGGUGUCCUUCCAGUGCGAGCCGGGCUACGCCCUGCAGGGCCACUCCCACAUCUCGUGCAUGCCGGGCACGGUGCGCCGCUGGAAUUACCCUCCACCCCUCUGCAUCGCCCAGUGUGGAGGAGCAGCAGAAGAGAUGGAAGGAGUGCUCCUGAGCCCAGGCUUCCCAGGAAAUUAUCCCAGCAACCUGGACUGCACCUGGAGGAUCCUGCUGCCAGUGGGGUUUGGUGCCCACAUCCAGUUCCUGAACUUCUCCACGGAGCCCAACCACGACUUCGUGGAGGUGCGGAACGGCCCCCACGACACCAGCGGCGUCAUCGGGCGCUUCAGCGGCGCCGAGCUGCCCGGCUCGCUGCUCUCCACCUCCCACGAGACCACCCUCUACUUCCACAGCGACCACUCCCAGAACAAACCCGGCUUCAAGCUGGAGUACCAAGCAGGCAGGGAGGAUGGAAAAAAAUGGGAUAUGAGGAUGUUUCAGGGGAUGUUUCCUCACUGGGGUUGUGUCUCUCUCUGCUCCCCUGCAGUGCCUUGUGGGGGCAAUGUCACUGCCCAGAAUGGCACAGUUUACUCUCCUGGCUUCCCCAACCAGUACCCAAAUUCCCAGGAUUGCAGCUGGCUGCUGACAGUGCCCGUGGGGUACGGGAUCCACCUGAACUUCACCCUGCUGCAGACAGAGCCCUACAACGACUUCAUCACCGUCUGGGACGGCCCGCAGCAGACGUCCCCGCAGCUGGGCGUGUUCACGGGAAGCUCGGCCAAGAAGUCGGCGCAGAGCUCCUCCAACCUGGUUUUCCUGGCUGCCUUCAGCACGUUCUGCUCUCCCCUUGCUCUCCCAGCUUUCCAGCUUUUCCGCUGCCAGCCUCCCACCAUCGUUCCCAACGCCGAGAUCAUCACGGAGAACGAGGAGUUCAACAUUGGUGACAUCGUCAGGUACCGGUGCCUCCCUGGCUUCACCCUGAUUGGGAGCGAAAUCCUCACCUGCAAACUGGGCACCCACCUGCAGUUCGAGGGACCCCCACCCACCUGUGAAGUGCACUGCCCCAUGAACCAGCUGAUGACGGAUUCCACCGGGGUGAUCCUGAGCCAGAGCUUCCUGGGGAGUUACCCCCACUUCCAGACCUGCUCCUGGGUGGUGAAGGUGGAGCCAGGCUACAACAUCUCCCUCACCAUCGAGUACUUCCUCAGCGAGAAGCAGUUUGAUGAGUUUGAGAUCUUCGAUGGUCCCUCUGGGCAGAGCCCCUUGCUGCUGUCCCUGAGCGGGAAUUACUCGGCGCCUCUGACCGUCACCAGCAGCGGCAACAGCGUCUUCCUGCGCUGGUCCUCCGACCACGCCUACAACAGGAAAGGCUUCAAAAUCCGCUACUCAGCUCCCUACUGCAGCCUCCCCCAGCCUCCAGCCCACGGGAUGAUCCUGAGCCAUUCCGGGCUGCGCCCCGGCAGCUCCGUGCGCUUCGGCUGCGACGCCGGCUACCGCCUGGUGGGACACAGCACCAGCACCUGCACCCAGCACCCCCAGGGCCACUUCCACUGGAGGGAAGCCAUCCCCCUGUGCCAAGCUCUCUCCUGUGGAGUUCCCAGAGCCCCGAGGAACGGGGUUGUUUUUGGGAAGGAGUACACAGUGGGCACCAAGGCCGUGUACCAGUGCAACCAGGGCUUCCAGCUGCAGCCGGGCGCCGAGCCCAGCGCCGAGUGCCUGCAGGAGGGAGUCUGGAGCAACGGGAACCAGCCCCCUCUGUGUGUGGCUGUGACGUGUCCCGACGUGAGCAGCAUCGCGGUGGAGCACGGCCGCUGGCGCCUCACCUACGAGGUGCAGUACCACUACAACGCCCAGCUGAUGCUCAUCUGUGACCCUGGCUACUACUACACGGGCCAGAGGGUCAUCAGCUGCCAGGCCAACGGCACCUGGAGCAUCGGGCAGCCCGUGCCCACCUGUAAAAUUAUCUCCUGUGGGGACCUGCCCACCCCUCCCAACGGGAACAAGAUCGGGACCCUCACCAGUUAUGGGGCCACUGCCAUCUUCUCCUGCAACACUGGCUACACCCUGGUGGGCUCCCGGGUCAGGGAGUGCAUGGCCAACGGGCUCUGGAGCGGGGCUGAGGUCCGGUGUCUGGCCGGGCACUGCGGCGUGCCCAGCCCCAUUGUGAACGGGCAGAUCAACGGGGAGAACUACAACUACCGGGGCAGCGUGGUGUACCAGUGCCAGCCCGGGUUCCGCCUCAUCGGCAUGUCCGUGCGCAUCUGCCAGCAGGACCACCGCUGGUCCGGGAAAACGCCUGUCUGUGUGCCCAUCACCUGUGGCCACCCUGGCAACCCCCCCAAUGGCCUCACCCAGGGCUCCCAGUUCAACCUCAACGACGUGGCCAAAUUCCAGUGCAACCCUGGAUUCCGCCUGGAGGGAGCUUCCCAAUCCCAGUGCCUGGCCAAUGGCCAGUGGAGCAGCACCCUGCCCUCCUGCCGAGUUGUGAACUGUUCUGACCCCGGGCACCUGGAAAACAGCGUCCGGCAAGUGCAGCCGAGCGGCCCCCACAGGUUCAGCUUCGGCACCACCGUGUCCUAUCAGUGCAUCCACGGAUUUUAUCUGUUGGGAACGCACGUCCUGACGUGCCAGGGCGAUGGCACGUGGGACAGAGCCCUCCCCCAGUGCCUUUUGGUGUCGUGCGGCCACCCCGGGUCCCCUCCCCACGCGCAGGUCUCGGGGGACAAGCACACGGUGGGCUCGGUGGUCAGGUACAGCUGCCUGGGCAGGCGCACGCUGGUCGGCAAUGCCACACGGAUGUGCCAGCUGGACGGGCGCUGGAGCGGCUCCCUGCCACACUGCUCGGGGGGCAGCCAGGGUGUGUGCGGGGAUCCCGGGAUCCCUUCCCACGGCAUCGGGCUGGGGGACGCCUUUGACGUGGGCAGCGUGGUGAGGUUCAGCUGCGAGCCCGGCUACACCCUGCGGGGCUCCCCCGAGAGGAUCUGCCACCCCAACGGCUCCUGGAGCGGCACGCAGCCCGAGUGCGAAGUGAUUUCCUGCGGGAACCCCGGAACCCCCAGCAAUGCCAGGGUGAUCUUCAACGACGGCCUGGUGUUCUCCAGCUCCAUCAUCUACCAGUGCAGGGAGGGCUUUUACUCCACAGGGGUGCUGAGCAGGCACUGCACCGUCAACGGCACCUGGACUGGGAGCAGCCCCGAGUGCACUGUGAUAAACUGUGGAGACCCUGGUGUUCCAGCCAACGGGCUCAGGCUGGGCAGUGACUUCACCUACAACAAAUCCGUGGUGUUCCAGUGCACUCCUGGCUUCAUGAUGGAGUCAGACAGGGCAGCUGCCCUCACCUGCACCAAAGAUCGCACCUGGAACGGCACCAAACCUGUCUGCAAGGCCAUCACCUGCAGAGCUCCCCAGGCCAUUCCCAACGGGAAGGUGGUGGGCUCAGAUUUCAGCUGGGGCUCCAGUGUCAGCUACGCCUGCCUCGAGGGCUACCAGCUGUCGCUGCCCGCCGUGCUCACCUGCGAGGGCAACGGCUCCUGGAGCGGGGAGAUCCCCCAGUGCUUCCCCGUGUUCUGUGGGGACCCAGGGACCCCAGCCCAGGGCAGGAGGGAGGACAGAGGCUUCACCUACCGCUCGUCCGUGUCCUUCUCGUGCCUGGCGCCGCUGGUGCUGGUGGGCUCGGCGCGCCGGUUCUGCCAGUCCGACGGCACCUGGAGCGGCACCCAGCCCAGCUGCAUCGAUCCCAGCCUCACCACGUGCGCGGAUCCUGGAGUGCCUCUCUUUGGGAUGCAGAACAAUUCCCAGGGAUACCAGGUGGGAAGCAUCCUGUUCUUCAGGUGCCAGAAGGGAUAUCUCCUGCAGGGCUCCACCACCAGGACCUGCCUGCCCAACCUGACCUGGAGCGGCGUCCAGCCCGACUGCGUCCCCCAUCACUGCAGGCAGCCUGAGACCCCAUCCCACGCCAACGUGGGCGCCCUGGACCUGCCCUCCCUGGGCUACACCUUGAUCUACUCCUGCCAGAGCGGCUUCUACCUCACCGGGGGCUCCGAGCACCGCACCUGCAAAGCCGACGGCAGCUGGACAGGGAAACCCCCCAUCUGCCUGGGUGAGGGGCUGGGAGCACCAGCUGGGCUCUGAGACCCUCCCCAGGCUCUCAGCUUGUGGGGGGUCAGGGUUCAGAGGGGCUCAGGUGAAGGUUCAGGGGGGCUCAUUCUCAUGGCCUCAGGUGAGGGUUCAGGGUUUGGGGGGGCUCAUCCCAAGGUCUCAGGUGAGGGUUCAGGGGGUCUCAUCCCCCUGGCCACAUCCCUGCUCCCCCUGGACCUCAGCAAAUCCACCCUCCUGAACUCCUCGGUGCUCUGGAAGCUGCCACUUUUUGGCAUCUCCCGCGCUGUAAUUCCAGUGCCCGCGGAUGUGUUUGCAAGGAAUUCCCUGUGGAAAGGCUCCUACGAGUACCUGGGGAAGAAGCAGCCAGCCAUGCUCUCUGUCACCAGCUUCGACCCCGCCACCAGCAAGGUCAACGCCACCUUGAUCGACCACAGCGGGGUGGAGCUCCAGGUGUCCGGGAUUUACAAGAAGGAAGACGUGCACCUGCUGCUCCAGGUCUACCAGAUCAUGGGGCCACUGGAGAUUUUUGCCAACAAGUUCAGGAACGACAAAUGGGCUCUGGAUGGACACGUCUCAUCAGAGUCCUCGAGCGGCACCUUCGUGUACCAGGGCUUUGUGCGUGGCAAAGGCUUCGGGCAGUUUGGCCUCCAGAGACUUGACAUCAGCAUGAUGGAAAAUGAUCCUGAAUCCAUCGGCCACCACUUUGCAUCCAACAGCAGCUCCGUGGCAGCCGCCAUCCUUGUGCCUUUCAUCGCCCUGAUUAUUGCAGGGUUUGUGCUUUAUCUCUACAAACACAGGAGGAGACCCAAAGUCCCAUUUAAUGGCUAUGCUGGCCACGAGAACACCAACGUGAGGGGCACCUUCGAGAACCCCAUGUACGACCGGAACCUGCAGCCCUCGGACAUCAUGGGCGGCGAGGCCGAGUUCACCGUGAGCACCGUGUGCACGGCCGUAUAGCGCCGGCCCCGCACGAUUCCCAGGGUCGGUAUCCAGUGGAUGAUUGUCCCACCUCUCCAUCCAUCUGUCCAUCCCCUCCCCACCUCCCUGCUCCCACCCCUGCUGAGGCUGUGGAGGAGCUGCUGCACCUCCCUGGGAUUCCAGGGGCUGCUGGAUCCACCUCCUCCUUCUGCUGG